UAGUCUUCUGCGUUCAUGUUUCUGAGAGAUAUGAUCUUGGUUAAUUUUCAGGUUAUUAGUCUUGUGGGAGCACAAAAGGUAACUUUGCAUCCUGAUGAUAUAUUACUACUUGCAAAUUUCAUAUUGUCCUCCGAAUCUUUUAGGACUUCGGAGUCUUUUUCACCCAUAUGCUUGCCAAGAUACAAUCCUAUGGCCUUCCUAUACGCUUAUGUUCAUUUUUUUGAUGAAAAUACUUACUUGACUCUUCUUACUCCGAGAUCAGAUGCCUUCUUUGAUUUGAAAGAUUCAAGGGCCCGCAUUCAGGAUGUUCUAUUGAAAUCAAAUGUCCUUCUCGAAGUCCAAAGGUCUUUGCAUGAGAAUGUACUUAUGUAGUUAUGUUACUACAUCUACUAGUUAGGAAAAUUAAAAAAC